CCUACUAUGUCAUACGGCGAAGAAACCAAUGCAGCGCAGCUCACGAGCUUAAAGCAUGAACUGAAGGCGUGGGAAAAGGUCUUCGCCAUCGACCACGACGGACGUAAACCGAGUCGCGACGACAUUCGGCAAGACGCGUCCAUAUCUGCUAAAUAUAAAGCAUACAAUGCCCUGAGAACUCGGCAUCAUGACGAAGCUGCACACUCAACGCCAAAGCGAGGACGGCAGCGAAGACUGGCGAGUGAUCGCGAGCGGACGGUACUGCGGGAACGAUGCGGUAACGCAGUCGCGGCUACACCGAGGAAGACGAGGGGAAGGGAGGUAGAGAAGCAUGAGGUGGAGAAUCAGGUGAUCGAGCCCACGCCCGCCUUCAUACGCUGCGCCCUCGGUCCAACGCCCCAGAAGGAUGGACAAGUACUCAGCAUCUUCGACAUUGGCCUUAGCGCUACACCCUCUAAGCGAGACCGGGCCAUAUUCACAGCAGAAGCAGACGCAAUUAUCGCUAGCACGCCGAGCAAGCAGACGCGCGCAUCUGCUGCCGGUCCCGAACAAGCCUUGUCCGCAACGCCGCAGUCGUCCGGCAAACGCCGCCUACUGGACGCUUUCGCAGGCACGCCGCUCAAGCGACAGCGACUCGAAGACGGCUCCACACCGGGUACGGCCAGGCCAAAGUAUGCCACUCCCUCCUUUCUCCGCCGCAGCUUCCCACUGGCCGCCAUCGAAGAAGAUGCCGCAAGCGAAGCACCGCCGCCGUUCAAGAAGCGUGGUGGCUUCGUUCGAAGCUUGAGCAGCAUCAUUCAAGGCUUGCGUAAGCACGAGGAAGAACGAAUGGACGAUGAAUGGGAUGUGUUGAACGAACUAGAAGCGGAAGAGCGCGGCGAGCCGAAGCCAGUGCAGAAAGCACACGUCCUGGUGGCGGAGAGUCAAGGCAUGGAAAUGCCGUUGGGGCCAGAUCAGGGUACAGGUGAGGAUGCGGCGAGCGAUAGCGAAGCAGAGGUUGUGCUGGGCGCGGACGGCAAACCGAGAAAGCCGUGGAAGAAGAAGGGUUUGAAGCGACAGACGAAGAGGGUGAUUAUGCGACCAGUCAUGCACAGACCGAAGAAAGCCGAGGAGCUUCAAAGAGUUGACGAAGCUGACGAGGAGGCGGUGGCUGAAACACAAACAGUGGAGAAGGCGGAUGGAGUUGUGCGUGACGGCGAUCAAGCCGCGCAGGUCAAUAAAGAAGAGGCCAGUGGUUCAGACUUCGAAACGAACGGUGCUGCGCAUAAGCGUGACAAGAAGAAACGACUAGACGAGGGCAAUGUCAGGCAAGGCGACGCCGAGAAGGCUUCACCAAAGCAAAGGGUGGCGAAGAAAGUCAGCGCCACCGCUCAUGCAAACUUCCGCGCACUCAAGAUCAAGAACAAACACAGCAAGGCCAACGGACGAGGUGGCGGGAGAGGAAAGUUUGGUAGACGAAGGUAGUGUGUAGCAACAGUAGCUUUCAGAUUCGCACGCUAUCCGAACCGCCUUCGCAUGCAACUCCCGUGCGUUGCGACGCGAGCUGCAGGGCCACCUUGAUGUAUAUGACUUGUACCCACCCCUGUCCCGGGUCCGCCGCAACAGCAUCGCAAGUAAGUUAGACUAGAAUCGACCCAAAUUCCAUAUUUCAAACUUCAAAGACAUCGGACCCAAACGCAGCAAAAACUAAACCCAAACCCAAACACAGCACAACUCCAAACCCAGAAUGAUAGCAUGCUGGAACCUCCCAUGACUCCGAUGACAAUCUGAUAUAGCCCCAAGUGACUUGAGCAUCCCGGCCUCAUGGCCAGCCCCGGGCAAUGCAACACCCACGCCGAGGUGAGGCACUGCCCGUCUUCCACGCCCCAGA